UCCAUCAAAAAAUGAUCGUACACAUAAAACAAUUUAAAACUUCAAAAUGUAACGCGAAGGUGUUCUCAUUUCUUCCGCGACAGUUGGCUGCAGUGUGUCGCCGGGCGGGUUAAGCGAAAUAUCGACAAUAUUUUCCGCCAGGGGCGCUCGUGUUUUGCAAGAACGUUUACUAUUCGUUUCCGGUUUAUGUCGUAGUUGAACAACGUUCUUCAUUUUCCGUUCUACAUCCCUUUGCAUCCCUUUUCACGCGAUAAGUGUUCACACGCUUCACAGAAAUGGCGACCGCUGUUCCUUCGAGAUUUGCAGUGCUCAGCAUCGAUGAUGACGAUUGUAAGCCGAAGAAAACGGCGAAGAACAUUACCACUGGCAAGCUGAAUCAAAAAACCAAAAACGACAAAUCGAAGCAACAGCAACAAUCAAAGAAGGAUGACAAAAAAAAACAGAACAAGGGAAAAAAGAAAAAGACUAACAAUAAUAACAAUGAAAAUCAGCAGUGGGAACAAUGGAAACAGAAAGAUACAAUGGCUGUCGAGGAAACGUUUGAGCAAGAGUUGCAUCAAGCCAUCUUACUGUCGAAACUGGCUUAUGAAGAACAACUAGUAAGUGCAGCAAAGUCAGACAAAGAGCAAGAACCUAAUAAAAAGUCAGGGAAAAAAUCGAAAAAGGCCACCAUGUCGUUAGAGGAAUUCAAUAAUAUGGGAUCAAAUGCUGUUCAAAAUACAGUUCCACCACCUGACUGUGGAGAAAUUAAAUCAAAAGUUCAUACGAAUUUUGUAGAAGAGGAUGCAGAAUUUUUUGAAAGGGUUGAAAAAGAAACAAAAGACGAAAUAACAAAGGGAAAGGAAAAAGAUAUGUUGAAAGCAAGACUAAAGAAAAUUGAUGAUGAUAUUACAUCUGCUCAGCUAAGGGUUGAAGUGGAAAAACGAGAUGAAAUUAUUAAUCAAUUAAGGACUCAGGUUGGGAGCUUGAAAGAAGAAUUGACACAAGUUAAAGAGAGAAAUAAAAAGCUUUAUCAAAUAUUAUCUCACGGUGAAAUGAAGGAUAAAGCAUCGGUAUUAGCAGAAGUAGCAAAAUUACAAGAAAUACGAGAUGAAUUAACAUCAGAAGUAACAUCUUUACACGCACAGUUGGAACAAGAAAGGUCCAAGACACGUAUUUCUAGCGCGGAUGUCAAACCAUCUAAACAAACUAACAAGAAGAGGCCUGCUAGUGAAAAUGCCUAAGUUACAAAAUAAUUUUGUUGAACGUAAAAUACUGAAACAUUGUGAUCUGCAAAGCUUAAUUUACUGCUAUUGAUUAUUCUAUUAAUCAGUUAACAGUCUCAAGACUGAUGUCUAAUUAUUAAAACCUAAGAUCUCAUGGCAAUGUAUCUCAUACUCAACUUGCAAGCAUAUCGAGCAUUUUUUUAAACUACAUAUUUUUUAGAUACAUAUAAGAUUCAUUUAAUGGAGACAUAGCCAUGUUAAUAUUUUUCUAAACCAUGCAUUUUCGUUUAUAAUUCAAUUUCUUUACAAUAUGUUUUCACAAAUCACGCAAGGAUAUUACUUAUCCUUUUAUCCAAACUCUUCUGCAUAAUAAUCAUUGAAUCUGUACAAAUGAGCGUUGCAGUAAAGUUUAGAUAUAAAUCUUCUGCGAUACUACUUCCAACGUAAAAACACCGCGAUGUGAAUUAUACACAGUAUCGUUAUCUUCCAAAUUUUUUUAGAAUCUACAUCAGUGAGUACAAUACACAUUAUCUAACAUAUUUUGUAAUAAAAAUAUUCUACAGUAUGCUUGUUGAUAUUAAUGAUUUCCUUGAUAUUCUGUUAAAUCGGUUAGAGAAAUUAAUAUAUUUUGAAAAGACUAUUAUAUAUUUUAAAAGUGACAAUGUUUCAUCGUAUAAAGAGCACUUUGUAGAAGUUAAACAUUGAAAGAAGAUGAUCAAAUUUUUCCUUCUAUGAGACUGACACAGAACUAUAUACAUUACAGAAACAAAAUUUCAGGUCCUAAAUGUAAGCCAUAUUUAUAUACAACCUAUCAUAAAUGUAUCAAAAUAAACAAUAAAAUAAAUAUA